GUAUACAGCUUCAGGAAAAAGCUAGACAGUCAGUGCAUAUUUUGUAAAAGGUGUGGGGCCUGGUUCUGUUUUGAUGAAGACCUACUCAGUUACCUUAUGAUAUAGCAUGUAACAAAAUGGAGGAAGAUGCAAGUCAGAAGAAACACAGAAAGCGACAGGCGGGACCCAAGGCAGUCAAGAAAAAGGCCAAGAAUAAACAUGAGCAGGAUUUAACCCCUCAACAGAGAAACCCUAAAGCCUUCUCUAUUCAACAUGCUCAGAAAACGGCCAGACUUAUUAAGAGAACACAGGAUAUACAAACAAAGAAGCAGCACAUUCCUGUGGUAGACAGGACACCGCUAGAACCACCGCCGAUAGUGGUGGCCAUUGUGGGCCCUGCUAAAGUGGGCAAGUCAACCCUGCUACAGUGUAUCGUCAAAAACUUCACUAAACAGAGGCUAGCUAAUGUCCAGGGACCAGUGACUGUGGUGUCAGGUAAGAGCCGGCGCCUGACCCUGAUGGAGUGUAACAAUGACAUCAACAGCAUGAUUGACCUAGCCAAAGUCGCCGAUCUGGUAUUACUACUAGUUGAUGCUAGUUUUGGUUUUGAGAUGGAGACUUUUGAGUUCCUGAACAUAUGCCAGGUGCAUGGCUUUCCUCGGAUCAUGGGGGUGUUGACUCACCUUGAUGCUUUCAAAGACAAUAAACAAAUGAGGAAAACCAAAAAGAGACUAAAACAUAGAUUUUGGACCGAAGUUUACCAGGGAGCCAAACUGUUUUAUCUGUCUGGAAUGGUUAAUGAGGAAUACCAGAAGACAGAGGUCCACAAUCUGUGUCGGUUUAUCUCGGUGAUGAAGUUCCGCCCUCUCCAGUGGAGACUUACUCAUCCCUAUGUCCUAGUUGACAGGAUGGAAGACAUCACUGACCCUGAGGCCAUUCGACAGAAACCGAAGUGUGACAGGAAGUUGUCUAUGUACGGUUAUGUCAGAGGGACACACAUAAAGAACCAUUCUAUGAUCCACAUACCAGGUUGUGGUGAUUACUCUAUCAGUGACAUGCAGAGUUUAAAUGACCCCUGCCCAAUGCCAGACAAAGAGAAGAAGAGAACUCUCCACGUGAAGGAGAAGUUGAUCUAUGCUCCGAUGUCCGGGGUGGGCGGGGUUAUUUACGACAAAGACGCUGUCUACAUAGACCUAGGUGGAAGUCAUUCUCUCAAACAGAAUGAAGAGGAACCUGAGGCCCCUAUGAAUGAACUGGUUGCUUCCCUCAUGAAUGUCAACAAUCCAUUGGACGAGAAAAUGACCUCCAGUCACAUGACCUUGUUCUCCAAUGCUGCUCCAAUCACAGAGGCAGACGUACUAGAGGAGGAUAAUUCAGAUGAUGAUGAGGGAAGAAUUCGUCGUUUGGCCGAAUUUGAUCUUGAAACUGAUCACAAGCAGGGAAAGCAGACAGAGGACUUGGUAUUUGAUGACAGUGAUGAAGAGGAUUCAUUCAGUCUCUUUUCAAAUUCUGUUAAAAAACAAUCUGUGACUAAAUCUAAACAGUUAGAGCGUACUCGUGGAGAAUCUGACUCCGGAUCAGGGAGUGACUCUGACAUGGAGGUUAAUGACGGGGAAGAGGGAAAUUCUCAAACAAAGGAGGAAGGUAGCUCUGAUUCUGAAGAGGAAGAAAUAGUAAAGAAAAAACCCAAAUUAUCAAGGACUCAGGACAAUGUAAAAUCUGGUGAUUCUUCUAAAGUUCUUGGUGCUAGUGAGAUUAAACAUGAAAAGGAGAAAAGAACAUCCAGUAAAAAGUUAUACAUUGGAAAUGAUGACGAUGAUAAUAACGAUGAUUCUGAUAGUCCUGGGGAUGAUGAAGGCAGUGAAGAGGAGGAAGAUGAUGAAGACAGUGGUGAAGAUGACUCUGAUGAAGGUUCAGAAGAAGAAGACGAUGAAGAUGAUGAUGAUAAUGAAGAUGAUGAUAGCAGUGGGGAUGAGGAUGAAGAAGAAGGACACUUAAAAUGGAAGGCCAACAUAGCUGCAGCAGCCGCAGAAUCCUUCAGAAGGAGGCAGUCAGAGAGGAUUAACUAUAGGAAGCUUAUUUAUGGUAAAGGCGAGGAAGAGCAGAAGGAGGUAGAGGAAGAGGAAGAUGAUUUGGGAGGAUUAUUCAAAGUCUUGAAAAAGAAUGAUGAGAAAGGAAAUCCUAAACUAACAGCUAACAUGACAGACAGUUCUAAGUGUGUGCCUGACAAACUACAGGACUGGGAGAUAGAGGAGGUGCAGGAUUUGAUCAGAGAUUGCUUUGUGACAGGAGAAUGGGAAAAGAGUGAGGAUGCUCAAGCUCUACUAGACCAAGAUGAUGAACUGUAUGGAGACUUUGAGGAUCUAGAAACUGGAGAGGUUCACCAUGGAGACGGAGAAGAGGAAGAAGAGGAUGAGGAUGAAGAGGAUGAUGAUGAUGGGGAUCCAUCAAAGAAGAAGAAAACAAAGGCUCAGAAGUCAGCAAUGGAGAGAAGAAUGGAGAAGAAAGAGAAGCUUAAGGAAUUAUUUGACAAAGAGUAUGACAUGAAGGCAGAUAACGAGUUCUAUGAGAACUGGAAACAGGAGAAUGAGGAACAAGCCAAGUUGAAUCGAGCGGAGUUUGAGAACAUGGAUGACAGCCUACGUGUGGGGUACGAGGGCUUCAGACCGGGGAUGUAUGUCAGGGUAGAGCUAGAGAGACUGCCAUGUGAACUUGUCGAGAACUUUGAUGCCACGUACCCCCUCAUCCUGGGGGGACAACAGAGUGUGGAGGGGAACAUUGGAUAUGUACAGACUCGAAUGAAGAAGCAUAGAUGGUACAAGAAGAUCCUGAAGAGUCGAAAUCCUCUAAUUAUCUCCCUUGGAUGGCGGAGAUUUCAGUCCAUUCCUUUAUACUCCAUACAGGACCACAACUUCAGAAAUCGUCUUCUCAAGUACACCCCGCAACAUCUCCACUGUCAUGCCUGCUUCUGGGGUCCUAUUACACCACAAGGCACAGGGUUACUUGCUGUAGAAUGUGUAGCAGGAAAGGAGCCUGGGUUUAGGAUUGCUGCCACAGGUGUUGUGCUGGAGCUGGAUAAAUCAAUACAAAUUGUUAAGAAACUGAAACUGACAGGCACACCUUAUAAAAUCUACAAGAAAACAGCAUUUAUUAAGGGCAUGUUUAACUCCAUUCUGGAAGUUACUAAGUUUGAGGGAGCUAAGCUGAGGACAGUCAGCGGGAUCCGAGGACAGGUGAAGAAGGCGCUGAGGAAUCCAGAAGGAGCGUUCAGGGCCACGUUCGAGGACAAGAUCCUCCUCAGUGACAUAGUGUUCAUGAGGACUUGGUACCCUGUGGAGGUACCCCAGUUUUAUGCCACUGUGACCUCCCUGUUGCUACCCCCAGCAGAGAAGGCAGCCUGGGUGGGAAUGAAGACUCUGGGACAACUAAAGAGAGAGAAAAAUAUAGCAGCCCCAGCCAGGGAGGAUUCAUUGUACAAGCCUGUUGAAAGAAAAAAGAGAUAUGAGCCAAAACUUAAAAUCCCCAAGGAGCUCCAGAAGAUGUUGCCAUUUAAGGACACACCAAAGAGUGUGAAAGAGAAGGAGGACCCGUACAAAAGAGUGGCAGUCAUUCUGGAGCCGCACGAAGCAAAGGUCAACAAACUGAUGAAGAUGGUUAAGAACCUGUAUCAACACAAAAUGAGGUCAGACAAAAUGAGAAUGAGAGAAAGGGUGACUAAACACCAGAAAGAAAUGGAGAGGAUUGGGGCGCUGAAGUCUCGGAAACAAAAACAAGUCAAAAAGGACAUCUACCGAGCUCUGGGCAAACUGGAGAAACAGAAGAACAAAUACAAGAAAGACUGAGGAACAUACCACCUUAAACAAAGCCUAAGGGAAGAAGAAAAGCUGCCAUGCAUACCUCCAAAAUCUGAAAUGGACAAUGGAUACUUAAAUGUUUACCUGAAAAAAUAGGAAAGUGAAGUAAUUGACUGUUACAUUCAUGAAAAAUUAAAUGAAAUUCCAAAUGCCAGGGGAAAAAAAAAAAUCAACACCAUAAGUCUAGUGCCUUUUAACAGAUUAUGAUCCUGUAGUAGGAUGAUGUGAAAUACUAUAUAUAAUGCAAAGAUGUACAUGUAUAAAACAGAACUCAAAAUCUAUGUGUUAUUUGCAUUCCAUCCAUCAUGAAAAUAAUGAUUAUUCACUUUCUAGAUUACAACAGAAAAGUUGCGAUAAUAAAAGUGUAAAAGCUC